UAACCAAUUAACCAGACCCCAUGCAUUGACGCACAUGGCUGUAGCAGCAGCAGAAGCAGCCGGCACAGCAGCGUACCGCUACCACCACCCGCACGCCGCCGCCGACGCCGUCGCUUGCCGCUCGAUGGCGUCUUCCCCCUACAGCUCUGCCUCCGCAGCGCCGUCCUUCUGUCCGGCGCCCUUCAACGGGGUGCAGCAGCAGCUGGACGUCCUGGACUACUUCUCGGACGACGGCGGGCCGUCCGCCGUGCCAGGCACGUUCGACACGCCGCUACAGCUGCCUCCGCGAGCGCCGACUGAGGCGCCGAUCGUGCCGGAUGUUGGUGGUUAUUUUACUGCUCAUCCCAGGAGUACUGCAGCGGCGGCGGUGGCGGCGGGGACGACGGACAAGAUCGCGUUCCGGACGAAGUCCAAGGAGGAGGUGCUCGACGACGGGUACAAGUGGAGGAAGUACGGCAAGAAGUCUGUCAAGAACAGCCCUAACCCAAGGAACUACUACCGGUGCUCCACGGAGGGGUGCAACGUGAAGAAGAGGGUAGAGAGGGACAGGGACGACGCAGACUACGUUCUGACCAUGUACGAGGGGAUUCACAACCACGCCAGCCCCGGGACGGUUUAUUAUGCUGCUCAAGAUGCUACUUCCGGUCGCUUCUUCGUCGCCGGGACGUAUCUCUCCGGUCCUUGAUCAACCACAUAGUAUUACACCUGGCUUAAUUACUACUCGUAGAACGACAACUCUGUCAAUGUGCCACAAUCCCUUCAUCCCCCACUUGUCCUUUGUACGUUUCUGUUCUCUGUAUAUCCCGAAUGUGGCCUCGCACCUCAUCUCACCGAGUGCAUCAGUAUUCUCACUUGCAAUCUAUAGAGGACGGGAAAUCCAGGGAAAUGUGCACUGGGCAGAUCGACAUUCGCUCUUCCAAAUUCCAGUGGAGCAAAAUAGAGUAGGGAAAUGUGGGACCUUGUCUCACCAAGCAGAUGAAUAUUCACACGUACAGUAAAUUAAGGACUUGUUUGGAACAAAGAUUUUUUUUAGGAAUUUUAUAUAGGAAUGGGAUCUCAUAGAAGAUUCCUCUAUAGAGCCCUAUGGUUGUAGGAUUGAUAUGAAAAUAUAUUUUUAUGGUGAUCCUUAAAUCACUUUUGGUGGAUUCAAA